CGGCUCGGCGCGGCGCGGCCGGUGGCGGCGGGUGACGUGCAGGGCGCGCGGUGGCAGCACCUCCCCGCGCGCGGCUUAAAAAGAAGAAGAAAAGAGGGAGCGAAACAUGAGAGCCCCGCUGAGCCGCGGCCGGCAGCGGACGGGGCAUCGCCCGGCACGGCCACCGCCGCCCCGCCGCGGGGACACCCUUCCUAUGGGACGGCGACUGAGGGGCUGCCGCCGCCCGCUGCCCGGCCCGCCCCGAGCCCCGGCGCCUCGGCGCGGCAGCGGCCGCUGCUGCUGAACCUGUGCCGCCCGCGCGGCUCCUCCCGCCCGCCGCCGAGCAUCCCGUCCUCCCGGCGCGGCGCGGCGCGGCUCGGCUCGGGGGUCCGCGCCCCCCCUUGGGUUCUUUGGUUUGGGUUUUUUGUGUUUUUAUUUUUAUUUUUUUUAUUAUUAUUUUUUUUGCCCUCCUCGGAGCGCGGCCGCAGGCUUCCCCCUCGUGCGGGAGGGAGGGAGGUGUUUUCCCGGCCCGAAGUGCAAAGCAAAGUCAGUGGGAUUCCCCUCCUUCCCCCCUCGCCCCCCCACCCCCACCCCACCCCCCUUUUUUUUUUUUUUGGGUGCAUCCACGCGCUCCCUCAGGCAUGAUGCUCAAGAUGCUGCCGUUUAAGCUGCUGCUGGUGGCCGUGGUGCUGUGCUUCUUCGAGGGGGAUGCCAAGUUCGGGGAGAGCGGCGCCCGCAGGAGAAGGUGCCUCAACGGGACCCCGCCGCGCCGGCUGAAGAAGCGCGACCGGCGGCUGCUGGCCCCGGAGGCGCCGGGCGGCGGGGAGGCGAUGUGCCGCGGCCUCUACCCGCGCCUCUCCUGCUGCCCCCGCGCUGACACGCCGGGGCUGCUGCACGCCGACACCAAGAUACUUUCUGUUACGAACAACACAGAAUGUGCGAAGCUACUGGAGGAAAUCAAAUGUGCACACUGCUCACCUCAUGCCCAGAAUCUGUUCCACUCACCUGAGAAAGGGGAAACAUCUGAAAGAGAGCUAACUCUUCCCUACCUGUGCAAAGACUAUUGUAAAGAAUUCUAUUAUACUUGCAGAGGUCACAUACCAGGUUUUCUCCAAACUACAGCUGAUGAGUUUUGCUUUUACUAUGCAAGAAAAGAUGGUGGUGCAUGCUUUCCAGAUUUUCCAAGAAAACAAGUGCGAGGGCCAGCUUCUAACUCCCUGGACCACAUGGAAGAAUAUGACAAAGAGGAAGAGAUCAGCAGAAAACACAAGCACAACUGCUUCUGUAUUCAGGAGGUUGUGAGUGGACUAAGGCAGCCUGUUGGAGCAGUACAUUGUGGGGAUGGAUCUCAUCGCCUCUUUAUACUUGAAAAAGAAGGAUACGUGAAGAUUUUCAGUCCUGAAGGAGACAUAAUCAAGGAACCUUUUUUGGAUAUACACAAGCUUGUUCAGAGUGGAAUAAAGGGAGGAGAUGAAAGAGGACUGUUAAGCCUUGCAUUCCAUCCCAAUUACAAGAAAAAUGGAAAGCUGUAUGUGUCUUAUACCACCAACCAAGAACGGUGGGCUAUUGGACCUCAUGAUCACAUCCUUAGGGUCGUAGAAUACACAGUAUCCAGGAAAAACCCACACCAAGUUGAUAUGAGAACAGCAAGAGUAUUUUUAGAAGUAGCAGAACUACAUCGAAAACACCUAGGAGGACAGCUUCUGUUUGGCCCAGAUGGCUUCCUAUACAUCUUUCUUGGAGAUGGCAUGAUUACUCUAGAUGAUAUGGAAGAGAUGGAUGGAUUAAGUGAUUUUACAGGUUCUGUAUUACGCCUUGACGUAAAUACUGACCUGUGCAGUGUCCCUUAUUCCAUACCACGGAGCAACCCACAUUUUAAUAGCACAAACCAACCUCCAGAAAUCUUUGCACAUGGACUCCACAAUCCAGGCCGCUGUGCUGUGGAUCGCCAUCCAACAGAUGUAAACAUCAAUUUAACAAUACUUUGCUCAGAUUCAAAUGGAAAGAACAGAUCUUCAGCAAGAAUCUUACAGAUAAUAAAGGGUAAAGACUAUGAAAGUGAGCCUUCACUUUUAGAAUUCAAACCAUUCAGCAGUGGAGCCUUGGUUGGUGGAUUUGUCUAUCGAGGUUGCCAGUCUGAAAGACUCUACGGAAGUUAUGUAUUUGGAGACCGCAAUGGAAAUUUUUUAACACUGCAACAGAAUCCUGCAACUAAACAGUGGCAAGAGAAACCCCUCUGUCUUGGCAACAGCGGUUCAUGUAGAGGUUUCUUUUCAGGCCCUGUCUUGGGAUUUGGUGAAGACGAAUUAGGUGAGAUUUACAUAUUAUCAAGCAGUAAAAGUAUGACGCAGUCUCACAAUGGAAAGCUCUACAAGAUCAUUGACCCGAAAAGGCCUUUAGUCCCUGAAGAAUGCAAAAGAACAGCUCAGUCUGCACAGACACUGACAUCUGAAUGCUCAAGGCACUGUCGGAAUGGGCACUGCACUCCCACAGGAAAAUGCUGCUGUAAUCAAGGCUGGGAAGGAGAGUUCUGCAGAGCUGCAAAGUGUGACCCGGCGUGUCGACAUGGAGGUGUCUGUGUAAGGCCCAAUAAAUGCUUAUGUAAAAAAGGCUAUCUCGGCCCCCAGUGUGAACAAGUGGAUAGAAACAUCCGAAGAGUGACAAGGGCAGGUAUUCUUGAUCAGAUCCUAGACAUGACAUCCUAUUUGCUGGACCUAACCAGCUAUAUUGUAUAGUUUCUGGGACUAUUUGGAAACUACACUUUCAACGGGCAUUUGUUUUGAAUCCUGUCAUUUUUAAAAGACGGUUGGUUAUCCCGCAGCAAAGAACGGUGAUUUGAUUUACUUUAUUAAUUUAAAUAUAGUAUCCAGAAAUGUGCCAAUAAAUUUGUUGUAUGUGUGUAAAUAUUCCUGUACAUCCCCACUGAUGUACAGAUACCCAAUACAUGCACGCAUACACGGGCAGGCACUAUCACAAAUACGGUUUUACAGGUAGUGGAAUUUUUUUUAUGUACAUUUCUUCAUGAGAAAUAGUUUACAAAGCAAUUCCACUGCAAACCACAAUUUCGUCAAAGGACUUUCCUGAUGUCAUUUUGGAUUCACUGACAUCCCAGAAACCUUGUGUCUGCAACUGCCUGAUUAUAGCAAUAAGAGAGCAGUUUGGAACCAUCACUGUAUAAACUGCUGGACUUAAUGAAAUCCAGUUGUAACAGUUUUAAAGGCGAAAUGAUCUACGUUAUGAGAGAAUAUUUCAGAUCUCCUUAAUGCAUUCCUAUCUAGGCAAUUCAUUGUAAGACUGUAACCUUCACCUUCAUCAAUGUAACUCUAUUACAGAAUGUUACGCAUUUCUUUAUCUAGCAUAGAUGCAAAAAUCUGGUUAUCGCAGCUUAAUAUCAAGAUUGUUUCGAGUGUUUAAUAAUUAAAUUAUACUCGCAUAUUUCAAAACCAGUCAUCCUAGAAGGUCUGCUUUUUAUCAUAUAUUUUAUUUAACAAUGGGCACUGGGUUCAUGUUACAUAUUUAUAUUAUUUUAUUUUAUUUUAUUUUUAUAAUAUAGACAUCACCUAGAUGAGACAGCUUUGCCAUGUCCUGUAUAAUACUAAAGUUACAUUUUUCACCAACUUAAUUGGAAAGACGGGGAAAGAGAGAGCAAACACACUCUUUAUUGUGUUGUGGAUCUAAUCUAGAAAUGUAUCCUUGUGUCAACUUGUAUUCAUUUACGACGGAUGAAAAAACAACCACCAACCAGUCCUAAUAAAAUUCCAGCACAUGUUAGAAGUGUUCAUAAAGUGAUUUUCACUAUAACAGGACGGGCCAGAUUAUACAUGAUUAGACUGCUACAGAUUUCACACUGAAUGGAACUUCACUGGACAAAAGCUCACAUUAGCACGUGUUGGCUGUGUAAGAUGUCACUUGUACAAAACGUAUAACAAUUAUUGCCAAAUAUGGUUUUAAAUGUAAAUGUUCCUUGAAGAGCUAACAUAAAAUUGAAUUUUUGUAAAUGUAUCAAUAAAUAUGGUGUACAUGCUCUAGUCAGGUUUUCUAAAGUAUUAAUAUUCUAAUUAGAUGUAUCUUCAGAAUCGGUGCCCUGUUAUGCCCAGAGCUGGCGAGCUCUGGGACGUUAUUGGCAGUUUCUUUGUUCACUGUUUUCUAGCUAUCAGAUUUCCUUUGCACUACCUGGCUUUUAUAAAACUUGCCUGUAAAAAAAGAGUAGAGUAGCCACAGCAUGCACACGCUAAUGGUUCUUACAUGCAGCUACUCAUGCGUCAACAGUUUACAACACUUUAGGCAAUAACUUAUAGCAUAUUCUAGCCAUAUUGCUCUCUAGUAGCAAAAUUCUCUUUCCAGGGUAGUGACAUGUAAUGAAUUUUCCUUUAUGGAAAGUUGUCAGCCUUCAUUUAAUAAAUAUUAAAUCUUUAAGUACAGCAAAACUGUUACUUGUAUUUAUCUCUAUUCAGUAUUCCUGCUGAGAGGAACAGAAAAUUACACUUGCCUUCCAUAUAUGUUUGCUUGGGUUUCUAGUGACCUCAUGCCAAAUGGAAAUUGGUUGAGAGAUCUUGGUUAAGUGCUUAGUGAACAAUGGUCUGCAUUAAAAAGUGCAUGCAUAAUUUUGCACAAUGUAGAUUCAACUGACAGUCCAUUGAAAGACGUCUCAGGAUUAAAUGAGCAUGAAGACCAAAUUGCCCUCUCACCCCAGAAAAGGGUGGUCCCUUAUAGUCACACCAACACUUCAUUGGCUAAGCAGUGUGACCAAUCUUAAAAUGAACCCUGCAGUAGCAUCUGUAGGUUAAUAGCAGCUCUUUGUCUCCACUGCUUUCUGCCUUUAGUCUUUUUCCUGAAUUCCAUCACAAAAAGUUUUACAAUUAAAAAAUGUCCUGACAACCAUUUUUGUAAAUUGACCUUACCAUCUAAUCUUCCCUUAUUCAACGUGGGUGACAAAAAUGUGAACUUCUCAUGAAUGAGCCAGCUGUCUAAAUCUGUCAGAUAGUGCAGUUUUAUUGCACUCUUCAUAAUCAGCAAAGCAAGAAAGUCACUCAAGUAUUUUUGCAACAUUUAAAUAUCUGACAGAGAUAACAUCUUUAACACUUUCUUUAAUGAAUAUAUUAAAAAAAAUAUACCCCACUUUAGUUCAUAAUACUCUCAACAACUGGCCAGGGAGAUAUGUGAUAGUUCAUUUCUCACUGCUUCGUUCCUAGAGACUAAAAAAAAAACAAUAAAAAAAAAAUGUGGGCUGUACCACCUAAAUUGAAGAUCCCCAGUAAUGUAUAUUCUAUAGUCAUGUAUAUAGCCAGUAUAUGCCACAGUUGUGAAAAGAAGGGAUAACAUACAGUUCAUCUUCAUAAUAAAGACAAUUUAGUUUACUAGUGGAAUCAGAAAAUUAAACUUCAUUAAAGGUUAAGAAUUAAAUCCAGAGCUCAUUCAAAUCAAUGGCAUAAAAAAAAACCCUCUCAUCAACUGCACUGCAGCCACAAAAUCACUUUUAAAACUGAGGCAAAUAUUUCAGUUGAUUUCUUAAAAAAAAAUAAAAUGUUUCAGUCUUUCAAUCAAAAAUUCAAAACUAAGAAGUAAUCUAAGUGAAGAAUAGAGAGAAAGGGGAAAUAGCUUAUGGAAAGUGUUCUGCUUCAUUUUUAAAUCAUCUUUUGUAUCAUGUGAAAGCAGGCAUCUGCUUUAAGCCCACAUGGAUACAUAGGAAGUCCCAGUGGAAAAGAAGUAUUCUCAAAAAAAAAGACACAAAAAUCCCAACUGCUUAUUUAUCAAAAGAAAUUAUACUAUUAAAAAGAGUGAGUAAACCCCAGGCCUAACCACCCAAGAUGCUAAUAUAAAAAGGGCAACUGCAGUAAUUGCCCUGAGAAUUGGCAUACAAAAAAAAAAAAAAAAAAGGUUUGUAGAAAGCCUGUUGCCAGUUAGGUCAUUCUACAGCCAUUCUCACACAAUCUCUGCGAGUGUCCCAGAAUAAAACUGAGCUUAUAAAUGAAACUAGAUAAAUGAGGCAAUUAGAUAAGGGCCUCCAGAAAGGAUUUUAUGUAUGUGUUCAAGUUGUCUCUGCCUCUGUCUCUCUCUCUCCUAAUCUUUUAUUCCAUUCACUUUUUCCUUUAUUGUGAGAUACUGCCCUCUCUGUGUCCCAAUACAUGGUACAUUUCAAGCAUUCUUUCAGGCUUUCUACUGUUAAAAAAAGAAUAAAUAUACCUGUUGCAAAAAAAGUAAUUCUAUUCCUGAUGUAUGCUAGUUUUCAACCCUCAUUUUAUUAUUUCAGGAUGGUAAGCCUUCAUCCUUCUCUUUUUAAGAUGCUACCGAUCAGAAAAAAAGGCAUAUUAUUUGAAUAUAAGGAGAAACGUUCUUAGUCCAUAGAUAAGUAUUGAGACAAAAAGAUGCAAAAUCAGCUCCAAAUUGGUUUACUCCAUUUCAGAAAAACAAACAAACAAACUAUCAAAAAAACAUUAAGCACACUUUUCUAAUGUUUCCAUUAAGAAAUAUUAUCCCAAACCCUUCCCCUCAAGGAAACGUAUUUCUUCUAUUAACAGUCAGGGACACAGAUACAGACUCCUUGUACCUUUAAAGCCUCACAAGUUAUUCUGUUUCAUGCAUCCAAAGUAUAAGCUAGGUAUAAAUAAGAAUAUAAGUUCUAUAUUGGCAACCAUGACAGCUCUUUGUUUAUCUCCUUUUGUUCACUUCUCUACAUUUCAGUUUUGUAUCUCCUUCCUUCCUAGAACUAUAGCAAAGAUCAAUAAUUGGUUGCUGCAGGUGUUGCUUUUUCUUUCUCUUUUUUUUUUUUUUUUCCCAAACUGUAUAUAUGCAUCAAAGGGACUUCCCAGUAGACUGAGUUUAUUAUCUUUUGAUUGCCCCACAGAAUCUUGUCAUUUUAUAGUGACUUCUAAUGCCAUAGUUUGGCUGGAGACUGGCCAUUAACUGUGUAUAACGAUUCAGAAGUAACAGCCUCCAGCUGCUCAGCAUCAGCUAUACUGAAGAUGGAAGAAGGGAGAAAGCAUUGUUCACUAUACAGUCACUGACUGCACUGUUCAGAAAGUUACCAAUUUCAAUACAGUAACCAGAUGCCUCAAGUAAAAAGCAGAACAACAUUCCCAAGAUGAUGAAAUGUUGCUUUUCAUUAUACUCUUUCUCUAAUUUGGGAUCAGAAAUGAGGACUUUUUCAUGUACAAAUAUGCAAAAGUGAGAUUCUAAAAACACUUCAGCUCAAGUAAUCUUUCACAGGUGUGGAGUCCCAUUAAAAUAAAAAUACUCAUAUGUGUGAUUUCUACAUGCAUCUAUGAAAUGGGCAUUUAGAAGAUUGGGCCCACAUGGAAAAAAUAGUUCUGAGGACAUCCUGCUCUGCUUAGUUUUCCUUAACUGCAUAAAUCCUUUAAAAGAUGCUGAAGUAUUUUAAUCUACUAUCCUUUAUUUUAACUGUGAAUCAGUUCAGUUAGGAAUAAUACCAUAUUGAUCUUCUGGCCAGGGUGAUUAGUGUCUUAGAAGAAAGGGAAGGGAGUCAUGAAGUAAAUCGAAACUAACUUUUCCCUUUUCAUUAUACUAAAAAAUGACCAACAUUUCACAUUUGUCAAAUUAAAAAAUAUAUGUAUUAUCACUAAGAACUUUGCCAAAAAGGCAGUCAACAUCUUAAAUUUAUUCUGACCCAAAUUUGCAGUAAAGACCUACCAAAUAAUCUGAAUUUGGGCUACAAAAACCUGAUAAAUAUUUCCAUUAAUUUCACAGAAAAAUGAUGUUGAAACGCUAAAAAAAGUUUUGCUAAAAUUUUCCUUGCUUUCAAAAGGGUAGCAAUUCAGUGAAAUACUACUAGCUUACUUUACAGGAUAUAGGUGUGAAACAGCAGAAGCUACCUGAAAGCUCAGUGCAGGAUUACCUCAAACUUUCUUUGAGAGCCCAACUUGAUGUCCAUUGAUGUCAACUGAAAAUCUCCAAUUGACUUCGUUAAUUAUAGGAUAAUGUCCUUCAAAGAUGGACACUUAGCUGGCAGAAGAACUUCGCUACAGACAUCACUGCACCCAUUGCCUCUCUGUCAGCAUCUGUAGUCAUUAGACUCACUCAGGUUUUCCAGAGUAAGACUGCAGUUUCAGGCCUGUCUUUAAGUAGUGAGCAUAUCCGAUCCUGUUGAGUUUCCUUACAGGUACUGCCAACUGCUACACAAAGCAUCCUGUUAAAUCUGCCAAACAUUUUGUUACUUCUUCAAAAGCGCUGAGCAAUUAGCUCACAUCUCUUCUCUUUCACACGUAUGUGCGUAUUUCAAAUGUUUAAGUGUAUGCCACUAAGCAGGAAAGGAAUUUAAAUAAGUCAGUGGUCCCAUUUUAUGAAAUAGACAUAAUAAGACAGGGCCCCAGAGUGCCCCCACAGAGGGGAUGGAUCCCAGUGCUCACAGACAUCAACGGAUGAGUUCCUGCAACUGUUCUGAGUCCAGUAUUACAAAGGCUCCAUUCAACAUACGGCAUAUUUUCAAACCUUUCUUCACAUGUUAAAUACGAGUGGGUAAUAUUUCAAUCAAGAUUGUACCUUAAUCCAACAAAAAAUUUUGUUCCCAUCCUUACUAAUAAAAAUGGCAAUACUGAAAGCGAUGACACUACUCAAAGUAGUGAAAUAACAGAUGUAAGCAAGUGCAGGAUUAGACUUGAGUAGGUAUUCUACAGGCAAAGGAUCUAUCUGCUUGCCUUUGUACUCAUUGACUUCAGUUACGGCUGUGCACUAGGGAUUUAUCAUGAUGUAAAAUACACAACAGAAAACAAUAUGGCAAUUCUGCAUAGAUUUACACUGUGUAGAUUGACUAAUCGGACAGUAUUAGUAAUGCCUUAUCUUCCAUAUGGGAAACAUUACUAUUUUAUAGCUCUGUAUAAAUAGUUCAACGGACACAUCAACCUUUUUCCUUCAGUUCACUCAUGAGUUACUAAUAAUUACUAAUUUGGUCUACAUAUUGGGAAAGGAUUAUCGUGUUAUCCCCUAACCCAAAUAAAACUCUCACAGGUUUCCAUGGGAGCUUUUUCUUUACUUUAUACUGUACAGUUUGAUUUGAAAGCCAAGUAGCACACCUGCUUACCAGAACUCCACGCACCAAAGCCACAUAAUUCUAGUGAUCAUUUCAUGCCAUAGGAAGUCACAAAAAUUACUAUUUUAUAUAAUAUCAAUUUAAUGUGUGUUUUUGCCUACUGCAUACUGUACACACACUGGCUUCCACAACCAAAAAUAUUGGAAAUUAUUGCUAAGAAUGUGCUCAAACAGCAAGUCGCAUUGUUGGAAAAGAGUUUUAUUUCUAUGAUUAAAAAAAACAACUUUCCAUCUGUUACAAGUGAUCAGUAGGGUGCCACAUAUCAUAUAGUUAAGUUCCAUUUACAAUAAAUGAGAUGUCCCCAUUUAUUUUCAUUUUGAAAUUAAAAGAAAAGUGAAAAAAUCUUUCAAUAAAAAAUGUUUAAAUUCCUGGAAAUUUCAGAAAGAAGGUGCCAGCUAAAGCAUGUGAAUAUAUGCGGUGGCUGCAUUCAUAAUCUUUUUGAGUGGGAAGAAAGCAGAGAGGUGGCUGUUUGGUUUUUGUGUUCUUGUGUGUAGGAUGCAUUUUGUUGUACAAGAAAAAGGAGGUUUGCAUGAUGAGGCAGUGACAACCAAAUCCCAUUUGCUGAAUGCUCCUAAGAGGAGUCACUAAAAGAAAAACACUCUAGGUGGAGUCAACUUUGGUGUGCAAAAUGCUCUGAAUUCCUAUCAGGAUAUACUGAGACCAGAAACCAUCUGGUAUGAAGUCACCAGAUGUAUCUUGUAGUGGUCACCGUUAAUACCAGAAGCAGUAAUUCUACCCUGUGAAUUAUCCAGAAAUGCUAUUAGCUGUCCCCCACAAAAUAUACUACAGAAUGAAAACUUCAAUUCCCUUUUGAGAACAAUUAGAUUUUAAUGGGAGCCAAGCAGGAAAGGAAAAGGAAAUAACAAAAAUCUGUCACUUGAGAACAUAACUGUUCUGAUAUUCCUCUGUUCAAGUAGUUUUAUUUUAUAGUAGCCAUCAGGUACUGUAUGUACAUUUGAAAUGUGGGAAACUAGUUUAGAAAAUACCAUUCAAACUAUGUUUAAUUAUCUUCUAUAGACUGUACUAUACUACUAAGCAUAUACAGGCACCAAUCUAGCAGAGCACUGGAACACACAAGUAAUUUUAAGCAUAUGAAUCUCACUGAAGUCAUGUGCUUAACAUUAUUAAUAUAAUUAAGUGCUUUCUUGGUUUGAGACCUUACAAGCCUUUGCAGGUCUACCUAUGUAGAUUACGUAUGCUAUAUGUGUAUUCUUUUUAGGGAGACAGCAUGGCUGAAGUUCAAAGCAAGAGAAUUCAGUUACUGCGUGUCACAAAUUCUAUAUAACCUUAAAUAAUUGCAUCUUUGUGUCUCCACUCUCCAUCUAAAAAUUAGUGAAACCAAUCUUUGUAAAGCGCUUUGAGCUCUUCAAAUGAAAAGUGCUAUAAAAAGUACAAAUUAUUAUUAUAUUAUUGAACACCAUGUAUGUAUACACACUAUUAUGUAAUAUAUAAUAUAUGUAUAAUGCAUAUAAAUUCUAACAAAUGUAUUUGUGUAAUAUCUGAGAAAUGGAACAGUUGUAUCUGGAAGUGAUAAAUGCAUAGAGUUGGAUUUAUUGUUAAUCUGUGGAUUUAAUGAUUUUUUAGACAAAAGGAUGUUUAAGUGUAUAAUUGCUUUUCUUAAUUUAAUAUAUUUAUGUAAAUGCAUGCCUGAAGUUCUGGAUAGAUAGUUAUUCUGUGUCCCUUAAGCUAAUAAAAUAUAUUAAACUUUAUCUUACAAUAUAA